UCAAUAUCAAUGUAUAAUGUAGCAAGAUUUAUUCAAUGGAUUUAUUAGAUUCGUUUUAUAAUAUUUAUCAACUAUAAGUGUAUGUGCCUUUGGUGGCUUAUUAUUAUUAAACAUAAAUAAUCAUUUUAUUUUAGUUAACGUGUACAAAAAGUACAUAAUAUGUCUGUCCCGCCUCAAGCUUUUGUCAACAAAAAUAAAAAACAUUUCCUAGGGAUUCCGGCUCCCUUAGGUUAUGUUGCUGGUGUUGGUAGAGGUGCUACUGGCUUCACAACUCGGUCUGAUAUUGGUCCAGCGAGAGAUGCUAACGAUAUAUCUGAUGAUCGACAUGCACCACCAGCUGCUAAACGCAAAAAAACUGAGGAAGAAGAUGACGACGAAGACUUAAAUGACUCCAAUUAUGACGAGUUUUCAGGUUACAGUGGCUCAUUAUUUUCGAAGGAUCCUUAUGACAAAGAUGAUGCAGAGGCUGAUGCUAUUUAUGAAUCAAUUGACAAAAGGAUGGAUGAAAAAAGAAAGGAAUACAGAGAAAAACGCCUUAAAGAAGAUUUAGAGAGAUAUCGUCAAGAAAGGCCAAAGAUUCAGCAGCAAUUCUCAGAUCUGAAACGUGAAUUGAAAAUGGUAUCCGAAGAUGAAUGGGCAGCUAUACCAGAAGUAGGCGAUGCAAGAAAUAGAAAGCAACGUAAUCCCAGAGCUGAGAGGUUUACACCUCUACCUGAUAGUGUAUUGUCUCGCAAUCUUGGUGGUGAAUCCUCAUCAACGAUUGAUCCUAGCUCUGGUUUAGCAUCUAUGAUGCCUGGUGUAAUGACACCUGGAAUGUUGACUCCUUCAGGUGAUUUAGAUCUCAGGAAAAUAGGUCAAGCUAGGAACACACUUAUGACGGUAAAGCUAUCCCAAGUAUCUGAUUCAGUGACGGGCCAAACCGUCGUGGAUCCAAAAGGUUAUCUUACCGAUUUACAAUCAAUGAUCCCGACUUAUGGAGGUGACAUAAAUGAUAUAAAAAAAGCUAGGCUGCUAUUGAAGUCUGUGCGAGAGACAAAUCCUAACCACCCUCCUGCAUGGAUAGCUAGUGCAAGAUUAGAAGAAGUCACAGGUAAAAUUCAAUCGGCACGAAAUCUAAUCAUGAAAGGCUGUGAAGUGAAUCCAAGCAGUGAAGAACUUUGGCUCGAGGCGGCGCGCCUGCAGCCGCCGGACACCGCGCGAGCCGUGAUCGCGCACGCGGCGAGGAAUUUGCCUCACAGCGUUCGUGUUUGGGUGAAAGCAGCUGAUUUGGAACAGGAAACAAAGGCGAAACGCCGAGUAUAUCGCAAGGCACUAGAACAUAUACCCAACUCUGUGCGUCUUUGGAAAGCAGCGGUCGAAUUGGAAAAUCCGGAAGAUGCACGAAUAUUGCUAUCAAGAGCUGUCGAGUGUUGUCCCACCAGUGUUGAACUUUGGCUAGCAUUGGCCAGAUUGGAGAGUUAUGAAAAUGCGAGGAAGGUGUUGAAUAAAGCUCGUGAAAAUAUACCCACUGAUCGACAGAUUUGGGUUACAGCUGCCAAACUGGAAGAAGCUCAUGGCAACACUCACAUGGUAGAGAAGAUCAUAGACCGUGCUAUAACUUCUCUUAGCGCGAAUGGUGUCGAAAUCAACAGGGAGCAUUGGUUUAAAGAAGCAAUGGAAGCUGAGAAAUCGGGGGCAGUUCACACGUGUCAGGCAAUCAUUCGCGCGGUGAUAGGUACCGGGAUCGAAACGGAAGAUCAAAAGCAUACUUGGAUGGAAGAUGCUGAAGCGUGUGCGAACGACGGCGCAUAUGAAUGCGCACGCGCGGUGUACGGCUACGCACUGUCCGUGUUCCCGUCUAAAAAGUCAAUAUGGCUAAGAGCUGCAUAUCUCGAAAAACAGCAUGGUACUCGGGCUAGUCUUGAAGCGUUGCUACAACGAGCGGUGGCUCAUUGCCCGAAGAGCGAGGUACUUUGGCUCAUGGGAGCCAAAUCCAAAUGGUUAGCAGGCGACGUACCAGCCGCCCGAGGUAUUCUUUCACUGGCUUUCCAAGCAAAUCCCAACUCUGAGGAGAUUUGGCUGGCUGCUGUUAAAUUGGAAAGUGAGAACAAAGAGUACGAUAGAGCUAGGCGUCUCUUGGCCAAGGCUAGGGCUUCUGCUCCUACUCCACGGGUAAUGAUAAAAUCAGCUAAACUGGAAUGGGCAUUAAACAACCUCGACGUUGCUUUGAAUCUAUUGGAAGAAGCAAUCAAAGUAUUCAGCGAUUAUGCUAAACUGUACAUGAUGAAGGGUCAAAUAGAAGAACAAAUGGCGAAAGACGAUGACGCACAUAACACCUACUCCCAGGGCUUGAAAAAAUGCGCAACGUGUGUACCGAUGUGGAUCUUAUUGUCAAGAUUAGAAGAGAAAUUAAAACACGUCACAAAAGCCAGAUCUGUUUUAGAGAAAGCGAGGCUUAGAAAUCCUAAGAAUCCAGACUUAUGGCUGGAGAGCGUGCGGCUGGAGCGGCGCGCGGGCUGCGCGGAGGUGGCGGGCUCGCUGCUGGCCAAGGCCCUGCAGGACUGCCCCACCGCCGGCCGCCUGUGGGCCGACGCCAUCUUCAUGGAGGCGCGUCCGCAGCGCAAGACCAAGAGUGUGGACGCGCUGAAGAAGUGCGAGCACGACGCGCACGUGCUGCUGGCCGUGUCGCAGCUGUUCUGGACGGAGAGGAAGCUCAACAAGUGUCGCGAGUGGUUCAACCGCACUGUUAAAAUCGACCCUGACUUAGGCGACGCCUGGGCAUUCUUCUAUAAAUUCGAGUUGCUGCACGGCAACGAGCAGCAACAAGAGGACGUCAAGACUCGGUGCAAAGCUGCGGAACCGCACCACGGCGAGCACUGGUGCAAGGUCUCCAAGGAUAUCGUCAACUGGUGCUUCAGUACUGAACAAAUACUUCUGCUAGUUGCGAAAAAUCUACCCGUUCCGACAUAGAUUAUUUAAACAGGUAUAAGAUAAUAUUUUAUCUGUAGCUAUCGUGUAAAAUACAGCACAGAGUAUCUAGAUGUUUGAUGUACUCACAUAAACUCUAUAAAAUUGGUGUUGUUAUUACUACAAAAGAAAUCUUACAAGUGUUUAAAAAAAAUUGACAUUUACAGUUUUAUCGUUAUUAAGCGUUUUAAAUAAAAUUGAUUGUCACCC